GGUGGGCGGGGAGAGUGUCGCCAAGGUGCCGGCUGUGAAAAGGGGCUCCUGAGGGAACCUCAAGAAGGAAGGGACGCAGGAUGGCGGCGGCCAAGGGGCUCUGGGCGGCCAUGGCCCUCAUCCUGCUCCCGGCCGGCAGCCGCGCUCUGAGGGAAGGGGACUGCGAAGUGUGUGUGUCAUUCUUGGGAAGAUUCUACCAGAGCCUAAAGGACAAUAAUGUUGAGUUUACACCAAACAGUAUUGAAAAAGAAAUUCUAAAAUCUUGCAAAGAAACAAAAGGCAAAGAAAACCGUCUGUGCUAUUACAUUGGAGCAACUAGUGAUGCAGCCACUAAAAUGAUUAAUGAGGUGUCAAAACCCCUAAGUAAUCACAUCCCUGUUGAGAAGGUUUGUGAGAAGCUGAAGAAGAAAGAUAGCCAGAUCUGCGAGCUGAAAUAUGAUAAACAGAUUGAUCUGAGUACUGUGGACCUGAAGAAACUGAGAGUUAAAGAACUGAAAAAGAUAUUAGACGACUGGGGUGAAACAUGCAAAGGCUGUGCAGAAAAAUCAGACUAUAUUCGGAAAAUCAAUGAACUGAUGCCUAAAUAUGCACCAAAAGCAGCCAGUUCGCGGACAGACCUCUGACCAUACAAGUGGCUUCUAGCACAUUAGCGAGUGACACACAACUAUGUUAAUCUUCUAUUUUCUUUCCUGGAAAGUUGUUUUCGUAACUUAUUUAACUGGGUUUCAACUGUCAAUUUGGAACAUUUCUUCGAACGUUGGUUCAAUUGCCUUGUCAUGUCUCAAGUUUUUAUUUCUCUUGUCUGAUUUAUGUUUAAAAAUUGACACAUGUAUGGGAUUUUUAAAAUAAACAUUAUGAAAUCCA